AUGACUUCCACUCCUGUAAUCAUCAGCCCCCCAUACGAUACGGGUGAUAAUGCUUGGAUGAUGACAUCAACAGCAUUAGUUCUUCUCAUGACACCUGCUUUGGCUUUCUUUUAUGGUGGUCUUGUUGAACAUAAAAAUGUUCUUAAUCAACUAUUUCUUUCAUUUAUUUGUAUGGGUAUUGUAUUUGUUCAAUGGGUUCUCUUUGGAUUUUCAUUUGCUUUCGGGCCAGCUGUUAGUCCUGGUUUUGGAUCAUUUGGAUGGUCUGUUCUUCGAUUUGGUGAAUUAUACAAUCCAAAUUAUAGUCCAACUUAUCCUCUUCUAACAUACUGUGCUUAUCAAGGUACAUUUGCAGUCAUCACACCUGCUCUUAUUUCAGGUGCUAUUGUUGGUCGAAUGAAAAUUAUUCCAUAUAUGAUAUUUAUUUUUAUUUGGUCAACUGUGUGUUAUGAUCCGAUGGCUCAUUGGGUAUGGGGUGAUAAUGGAUGGUUGAAACAUUUAGGUACACUUGACUUUGCUGGUGGAACAGUUGUACAUAUACUUUCUGGUGUUUCUGGUCUUGUUGCAUCAAUGGUUCUUGGCAAACGACAUGAUUAUGAUGCACAUAGUACGACAGCGCACAAUCUUCCAUUUACUAUUUUGGGUACUUGUCUCUUAUGGGUUGGAUGGUCUGGUUUCAAUGCUGGUUCUGCUAAUUCAGCAAGUGGUCUUGCUUCACUCGCAUUAAUUAAUACACAUGUAGCAGCUGCUGCAGGACUUAUGACAUGGGUAGUUAUUGAUGCUAUUCGUGGUCAUAUAUCUAUUUCAGGUGCUUGUGUUGGUCCUAUUGUUGGUCUUGUAGCUAUAACACCAGCAUGUGGUUUUGUUCAACCAGGAUGGGCAAUAUUAAUUGGUAUCAUUGGAACAGGCAUUGUUUAUGGUCUUCUGUUACUCAAAAGACAUAUGCAUAUUGAUGAUACAUUAGAUGUUGCUAUUGUACAUGGUUGUGGGGGUAUAGCAGGUGCAUUUAUGACUGGAUUAUUUGCACAAAAAAAAAUGAAUCCAAGUGGUGGAGCUGAUGGUGCAUUUUACGGAAAUCCAGUUCAAAUGUGGUAUCAAAUUGCAGGAAUUCUAACUGCAAUUGGAUUUGCUGCUGCAUGUACAGCUUUAAUUCUCCUGCCGUUAAAUUUGAUAAUGGGUAUUCGAUUAGCUAAAGAAGAUGAAAUGAUCGGUCUUGAUGCAGCAGCUCAUGGUGAAGGUUGGGAAGUGGCAGCAUCCCGUGCUGUUGGAGAUAUGGUAAAACAAGUAUUAGCAGAAGUUAAUGAGAAUAAAGGACAGUUGGCAGAGAAUGGAACAUUUGAAUUACGUUAUGUUCCUGCAAACAAAGAUCGUCAUUCAUUCUCAGUUCCUCUGCCGACUCGCUAUGAACAUGAAAGGAAUGAAGUUACAGAAAAUAAUCGAGAACCAAUGUUUGGUGUACCAAAAAAUAACGAAAAUGUAGUUAAUAAAGAUAACCCUAAUAUGGUUGCCACUCGUCAUUAA